GCUGCCGCCGUGGAUGGGAGCGCUUGCCAUCGUGCACGUCGACGGGGACGUCGACGACGGCCAUUUUCUUGUUUCUUGUCUAUCAUUCACUUUCUCUUCCCGUAAUACUGCUGCUCAAUGUCGUCUAGGCCUCCCUCGGAAACUCCAACUCGUUACUCUCGUUCUACUACAACCGCAAGCGGAGGCAAAGCACGCGCAUAUUCCAAUGCGAGCCUGAGCAGCGAUGUCAGCGGUGUUACCACUGUCAUGCCUAAUAAACGUUCUAGCAUGAACGGUAGCAGCAAUAGCGUCUCUACGCACUCGGUCGCAUCACCAGUACCUGUCCCUGCUGUUGGGAAGUUAAAGACUGCAUUUCCAACCAGCGGUGGUAAUAGGCGUAUAUCUGCACCACCUUCGGCAUUCCAGAAUUCAUAUACAACUGUUGAUAGUGCUUCUAAUGCCACGAGCACGCGUUCUGUGGUGCGGCAGAACAGUGUACCUUCACCUUCUGUUUCUGGCUCCAAUAGGAAACCUGGUACAUCAUCUGUAUCUGCUUCAACGCGAAGCGUGCGGUCCACGGCUGUCUCUCUAAUUGGACCUACUGCUAACUCUAUGUCGACUACGGGUGUUAGAAACGUGCCCAAUACACCUAGAUCGCGUGUCACUAGUAUGACAUCGCCACCCAGACAACGAUUGACCUCGAUCACGUCUGCUGGUACAUCGACUUCCAAUGUCUCUUCUCCACAUGUGGACUUUGGUUCCGUGGACCUUGGAAAAUCUCCACAGGCUAUGUCGAAAUCCAAAUCUGCUCUUCAGACAGGUAGCACAACCCCAAAAUCAUCCCCAAUGACUCCAAUGCGUACGCCUUCCACGCGCGGUACAGGUACACCUACCAGGCGACACAGCGGCUCCCCUCGAGUCGUUUCUACACCUUCCAAGUCCGUCGCCUCUCGAUCAAACUCUGGUCCGUUCAACUCACCCAAGACCAAGGGUGGGAAUGGGAACGAGAAAGCGGCACUUUUGGAAGAUAGUCCCGCAGCUAGAUGGUUCAAGAUGCGCGUGGACGAGGUUGCUGAUGAGAUGGAGGGGGAGAGGGGCGAGGUGAAUGGAAGUAUGUGGGAUAGUGGGAUUUGGGAGGAUGGAGAUGAUAUGACUAUGGAACUGGUGACAGAGGGAGGGGAGGGUGAGGUUGACACAGACAUGAAUCAAGCGUUGUCGAUGGUGCGGACGAUCCAUCUUCGCAAACUCCUUCAGUACAAACGUCUUCUUGAACGUGCCCAAGCUUCUUCCGCCGCGCAGUUACAUGCUCUUCAAGCUGAAGUACGUAUUCUGCGUGAACGCACGAACUCCGAAGGUGGCGAGCUUCCUGUACAGGACAGCUCUGAAUACUGCGUCUGUGGUGGUAAGAAGAAACGCGGGUAUUGGAGUGGGUAUCGGGGUGACAAUGAGGAUACGAACGGAGAUAUCAAUCUCAUCGCUACACUCAAAGGGUUCAACGAAACCGAGGUGAGGAGGGCUGUGCGUGCGUUGAGUAGGGACGACAGGAUGAGACUGAUUGGCAUCAUAUUGGACUCAUGCAUGCCAGGAGACAUCCGGCUUCAAAUCCUCCUUCUCGAGAAAUAUGCCAAGUCGACUUUCGAUAUCGUCGGACAUCUCGCGCCUGAUCUUGCUUUCCGGAUAUUCAAAUUAUUGUCUGUCAAGGAACUCCUUGCCGUCGAGCCGGUCUCAAAGAAAUGGCAAGAAAUCGUUCAUCUCCCCGCGUUAUGGAGGUAUCAUUGUUUGAGGAUCACGGCUACCGACCCUAUGCCUGCCAAACCGCCUGCUCAACCUGAAGGAUGGGAACUACUGUAUCGAUCUUUGCACCAUCGUGAAUCCAACUUCAAGAACGCGCUUCCACAGAGUGUGCGAUUUUUGACUGGACAUACGGGCUAUUGCACAACGCUGCUUCUCAGAGGCAAACGGUUGAUCAGUGGAUCUUAUGACGAGACUAUUCGAUUCUGGGAUAUCGAGACGGGUGAGAUGAAGAAAUGCUUGCAGGUCAAGAAGCCGGUCAGCUGUGUGGACUUCUUAGCAGACGAAGAGGUAUUCGUGGUUGGCUUCCAUGAUGUUGGGCGAGUUCACCUGUUUUCGUCUCUCACAUUCACUCCGCUGCAACAACUCGCCGGACAUCUCAACGGUAUCCGUGCAGUAGCACUGUCAUCCAAGAAUCUCGUUUCAGCCGGUGCAGACAAAGCGUUGGUAUGCUGGGAUUGGCGAGCAGGGACUAAGAUCGUUCGCUUUGGCCAGCAGACGACUGUUAAUAUCGGAGUUCAGAUCAUUGGUGCUGCUGGUGGCGAGAAUGAAGGUGAACGAGUUGUCAGUGUGACGAUCGAUGGCAUAGUCCGGGUGUUCUCGAUUAAACGGAGGGAGAUGGUCUCUCAGUUCAAGCUUUCUGAACUCGGAGGGGGUGACCCCGUCCUGAGUGCGAAGCUGUUGCAAGUAGGGAAGGCUCCGGACAAUAUGCUACAGUGGUUCGCUGCGAAAGGAACUCAGAUGACUUGCGCGACAAAGUCUGUCAUCCUACAUCUUCAAUGGACAGAAGAAGAAGGAUCCGCUCAGCAACCUGGAGGUGGUCUGUUGAGCCCAAUGGACACAGACAGAUCAAUCAGUCCCAUGACUUCCUUUACUCCGCUUUCCGCUACCCGCGCCAGACCCGGCUCUUCGCUCUCCCGUUCAACCUCUUACGCCACCCCAGCUCGUCGGACCUCUCUAAUCUCACCUCAACCUCCUUCCACUGGCUCUGCCGCACCAAAAGGCAGGCUUUCCUUGAACAUACACAGGCCUAUGACGCCCAUAACGCCUAUCAGCCCAUCACCACGUACAGGUUCUCCGUUCAUGUUCGGGAGGGCUGCUGUAUUAACUGCUCCGCCGAAAUUGGUAGCUGUGGUGGAGACUCCGGAUGUUGCUGUUGGUGCUGUGGACCCGAGGAAAAGAAGGGUUGUUACUGCUACGAGGUUCAGCACUAGGGUUGGGUCGACGAGGGCCAUCUACAUGUCCACGCAUAAGGAUAAAGAGAACAGAAGACUCCCUAACGAAGAUGGAUCCGACGAAUCGGACUCUGACAAGGAGAGCGUUGAACGAAACCGAGCUUCCUCUCCUUCCAACGUGGACUUUGAUACGGAUAUCCUCCCUCUAACGGGGGCGUGGUCCGAUCUGUCUGAAUAUAAAGGUUAUCAGACUGCCGCUGCCAAGGGGCUACGCGGUCAACUUCCGUCCAAGUUUACUGGGUUGGCUGUGCCCGACAAGAACCCUAUGAGCAUGCAGCUCAGUCAUGAAGAGGUUGUUGUUGGAUGUGCGGACGGAACAAUCUACGUGAUGAACUUUGUCGGAUAUGAUUAUCGUAAGGAGGCCACCGCUCCAAGCGAAGUUUCUCAGGGUGGUGCGGGUGAGGAGGAUAGAGAUGUGGAUACUUAAUCGGAUCGUGCCAACUCUGUUGCAGCGGGUCCUGCAGCUACGUACGUGUGUUUGCUUGCUUCAUUGCUUUUAUCGCUUUCGACCAUUUGGAUCCGUUAUGCAUUUACAUAUCAUAUACCACUCGCUUUGCUUUUUGGAGUUUUAUGUCUACUGGAUACUACAUACAUGGAUACGGAUACCUUUUUUCCUUAGGAUUGGAUAAUUAUAUUAAUUUGUUCCCUUAGAUCUGCUAUGCUUUGAUGAUGCUUGAUCGUUCGUGUGAGAUGGUACGAGCGCAAGGUAUUCUCUCCUUCGAUAUACUCUUCAAAUCGCAAAACGUUAUUCUCAACGCUGAUGACAUUCAUCACGAAACCGCCGAGCGUAACCAAUCCAGGAAACGGGGAUGGCGAAGACAAUGGGAAUGCAAGUAACAUCACAAGUAACAUCAUGAUGGAUUAUUCCGUACGAUCCAGGGACUGCAGGGAUAAAAGCGAGCAAAAACAAAUAAUGAAACGUAUGCAAAUGUGUCAAGUGCUAUGUCCACAGGACAAAAAUAGGACAUAAUAAUACGGAGUUGUUAUGCAGCAUAGUUGGAUAGAGGAAAGAUAAGAGAGAAAAUUAAAGUUGGGGCGGAUGC